AUGGCUCCUGCGUCCCUACGCGUGAUCAUCCUGGUGGCCAUUUGCCAGUCGCAAGGAGCUGUCUCGUGUGACUGCAGUUGGACCAACAACGGCGAAUACUGCAGUGGCAACGAUGGAACCCACUGCUGGAGCGUAUGCUGCCCGAACUCAUGUAGUGGGGGUGGCUGGACGGUGGCAUACUCCGCCCAGCGCUGUCAAAUGUCAAAUGGCGUGCGCAGGAUUUCAUGCGACGGCCCGUCAAUGCACACGUGCGGCAUGCGCCUGACCUCGUCAAACUAUGUGGGCAGGGGCUACCAUUCCGUUCGCAUCAAGGCUGCUCCAGGGCCUGGCGUUGUGACAACUUUCUAUCUCUCGAACAACGGAGGCCUUUACGAUAAGACCAAGACACACCCCUGGGUCGAGCUCGAUUUUGAAAUCAUGGGCAACAUGGCAGGUCCUGGUGGCCAGUCUAGGAUUUGGACUAACAUGUUCACCGACAUCGCAGUGGAGCACAACCAGUGGAUCAUCGUACCCUUCGACGUGACAGCAGACUAUCACGAGUUUGGGUUUGAGUUGGGGGACAACAGCAUCUCUUUCAAAGUCGACGGCGUUCCGUACCGCACCGUUGACAUUCAGCACCAUGAAGAUGUCAGGUCGUCUAUUUGGUCUACCAGCCUUCAGGAAUUUGUGUCUGUGUGGGGCCAGUCUUCACAAGAUCCUGGAGAGGGCAUUCCGGAGUUCCAGAAUGCGUUGGGCCUGCUGGAUUCAAUCCCAAAUGGCUUCCCAAGAUAUGCUGAGGUCAUCAUGUAA